GGCUUGGGUAGAAAUGGAAAGAACAGAAACCAUUUCUUUGGUCUUAGCCUUUCACGCUAAUUAAAGCGAUCAAAAAGCUGCACCGCCAGGAAUUCAGACUCGUGAUGGUCAUGAGAGUUCAGUAGUCCUAAGGAGGAAAUUUAAAAAAGGAAAAAAGAGAUAGAGGAGGAAGGAAAUCUGGUUAUGCCUUAGCACUCAGCCAGAGUCUGUAAGAAAGGUGUGAUCUGAACCAAACAAGAUGCCCAGGGGACAGCACUACCUAGAUGGCAACUUUGCUCGAGGAAAGGGAUCCACCUCUCUUUCAGCGGAAGAGGCUGCAGGCAUUGGAAUUCUUGUUGUGAUUCUUACAGCUUUGCUGAUUAUUGGCUGUUGGUAUUACAAAAAGCGCAAUGGUUAUAGAAGCCUUCUGAGUAAGAAUUUUGGAGGGACCACUGGAAGGAUCUCGGAAGGAAAAAGUGGUUUGUUGGGCUCCAAAUUGCCCUUGCAGGAAUACAACAGCAACAGAAGCCAUGUGGUGCCUGAUGCUCCACCGGCCUAUGACAAAAUAUCUGCCACCCUUUUGCCACCGCCAUAUGCACCAUGAAGCAGGAACCAUUAAAUCCAGUGCUUGAACGAUUACUUGCACCAUCUUUGAUUUUUAGCUACACCUCUUGAAAAAUAAUGCAUGCUAUUGCAAAUGUUUCUAGAAGCCAUUAUUGCUUAAGAAAAUGCAGCUGUUCCCAAUUGUAUGAGAUACCUGGAGUGCUGAUGGCUUUGUACCUUCAUUCCAGUUGCCUGGAGUCAUUCAGUGUAAGAGAUGCUGUGAUAUAUUUUAUUCCAGGAGCUAUACCAAGCAUAAUAAAUACUGAAGAGCAAGAACCAGCCUUCCUGAACCAGUGCUUAAAAAAAGAAGUUUAGGGGUACUUUGAUUUUGACUCAAGAAAAUCACUGUUUUAUAGUUCAAAUUGGGAAGAAUAAAUACAGUAAAUGGACAAAAGUACGAAUAUUCGCAAAAUGUUUAGGGGUAUGCGUAUCCCCAGAAAAAAGCACUGAUAAUAACCCUCAAACAUGGACUCUAUUACUCUUUUGUUCUUUUUGAGAUUUACUAAAAGAAUAAAUGAUUUUAUCUCUUUAA